AUUAGGGCAGAUUUCGGGACCCCGUCCGUCGGUUGGGGAAUAAGUAACGAACGACACAGAGUAAGGAACAUUUUGCUUAGAGAGCAACAUCUCUCUUUUGUGUAGACAGAAUGGCAAGCAGAAACGAGCUGUCACUUGAGCCCCGUACCAGACCUCAUGUUAUGACCAUCGCUGGCAGCGACUCUGGCGGCGGUGCUGGUAUUCAGGCCGACCUCAAAACUAUCGAGGCCUUUGGGUGCUACGGCUCGUCCGUAUUGACUGGCCUUACUGCGCAGAACACUCUUGGUGUCCAGGCAGUCCAUGUCGUACCGACCGACUUUGUCAUCCAGCAACUCCAAUCUGUCAUUUCAGAUGAACUCCCCAAAGCCAUCAAGCUCGGAAUGCUCACUUGCGCUUCUACCAUUCGCGCCCUCGCCCGGGAAGUUUCCAAGCUCAACACAACAAUCGUCCUCGACCCUGUCAUGAUCUCUACCAGCGGUCACACCCUAUUACCGGACGAUGCUAUGGAGGCGCUUUACGAGCUUUAUCCCCACGUUGACUAUCUUACACCCAAUAUUCCCGAAGCUAAAAACCUUUCUGGAUGGAGUCAUGAGAUUAAGAACUUGGACGAUAUGAUUGAGCUCGCAAAGAAGACCAACGAGACGACGAAAUCCCCUUCUGUGCUUUUAAAAGGUGGACAUGCAAUUGUUUCUCGUGAAGAGGUGCUCAAGUAUGCCGGAAAGUACGAACUUAUCUGGGAGGAGGGCGAUGAUGAGGAUGACGCUGUGGAAGUGUACAAUGAAUACAAGGAAUCACUCGAUAUAAAUAUCAAAACUCAGAAAGACCUUGUUGUUGACUUGUUAAUAAAGGAAGGCGAGAUCAUAGCGAUGUUUGUGGGGAAAAAAGUGGACAGCCAGAGUACUCAUGGUACCGGAUGUACCCUCAGUGCGGCUAUCGCUUGUUCUAUUGCCGUCUCAAGCGAGGUAGCGGACGCGAAAUCCUUGAUAUCCGUCUUCAAAAGGGCGAUCGGUUAUACCCAAUCUGCCAUCGCUACCGCUUUCCCAUUUGGUCAUGGCCAUGGCCCUCUUAACCACGGUCAUCUCAGUAUGCGCCGAGCUCUCCCUUUUCCAUCAAAACACAACCCUCACCCCUUUCUCACACAUCUCAUUCAGUCUGAUCUUUCCUUAUGGAAAUCCUACGUCCGACAUCCAUUUGUCGUCCAACUCGGUAAGGGUACCCUUCCCAGAAAGUGCUUUGAGCAUUACAUCAAGCAGGAUUAUCACUACCUGAAACAUUACGCCCGUGCUCACGCUCUUGGUGCUUACAAAGCCGACAGCUUUGAAGAUAUCAAAGCGUUCACCGAAAUAUCCCUGCACAUUGCCCGAGAAUCCACCAUGCACGUCGCCUACUGCCAAGAAUUCGGCGUCUCACUCGCCGACCUCGAAGAAACUCCCGAAUCAGCAAACUGCUCUGCUUACGCACGGUACGUCAUCGAUAUCGGAACUCAGGGAGAUAUCCUUGACCUCUACAUGGCUGUGGCGUCGUGUUUGGUUGGCUAUGGUGAAGUAGGGUUGUGGUUGAAAAAGCAGGUGGAAAGGGGGGAAGCAAAGGUGGAGGAUAAUCUGUAUGGAAGGUGGAUGACGGAUUAUGGGGGGAGAGACUUUUUGAAUGCAGUGAAUAGAGGUAUUGGAAACCUGGAACGACGUGUAGCUCAAGAUCCACCAUCUCCGCAGAGACUCGCGAAGCUCACUAAAAUUUGGCAGGAGUGUGUCAGACUCGAGUCUGGGUUCUGGGAUAUGGGCUUGAAUCUACUAUAGAAUUUUUACAUUGUGUCAAUAAAAAGGAUGUCAUGUCAGCGUGCAAUUGUUAUUUUACCAUCUUGACGAGGAAGGAUAUUGUGAUUGCGAGCAACGGCUGAGUGUGUGGGAUAAUAGCCGCUACUUAUUUCUGGCUUAUGGUGUAGUAAGAGUAAAGCCGGGACGUGGAAUGACUAUUGGUGAUCUGCCUCGCGGUUUGCUCACUGUCGUUUGAUCUACUCUUGGUCACAAAUCGGUUUAUCUCCUUUCUUUCUUUCAAUCGGGAUCUGGGGAUAAAAAAUGGAUGAAGGAUUUACCGCGCCUCUUGCUCUCAACUACAUUGUGAUGCGAGUCGUUCAAAACAUCAUAUCGUCAAACGGGUAAAAUGCUAUCCAACCAUUACAUUGUAUAUCGCUCCACGCCUCGAUACGAUCAGUGCGUUUGUGCCUCUGUCCGCCAUCUCAUACAUUUCCCCCCUCUUACGCCUCAAUCUGAGUUUCUCUCUUCUUCAAAACCAGCUUCUCCCCUUUCACCCUCUGCCACACAUCCGACACGUCCUCUACCACCGUCUCAAAGUGCGAGGUGGCAUCGUAAGAUUUGGUGAUGAAGACGUUGUCUGUCGUACCAUCGGCGGUGGGGGCGUAAAGGGGCGUAAUGGAGAUGAACCUGUGGGAAAGGGGGAGGUGAUUUAGCUUGGGCAGGAUAAAAGAUAAAUGGAGAAUGGGAGACUUACUUGUCCACUACGUUACCGAGGAGUUGAAGACCGGGCAAGAUCUCACGCUCAGGAACACUAGUCUCGACAAUAGUCGAGACGAUUGCGAUCCAAACAUUGGGAGCGGCGACAUUGUGCGCAGAGGAAACAGCGGCGAUGUAGAUGUCUGAUCACAGCAAAGUCAUUUUAGUUUAGACACAUAAAGAGACAUGAUGGGACUUACCAUUCUUCCUGCCAACCUGCUUUUGAGGGAUAAUAAUUUGAGCAGAGUCCGCAUUGUCCGUCCCGGGAAUGGGGUGCUUCAUGAUACAGAUUGCUCUAAUUACUUUGCCAGUCUCGAUGACCCUCAUCUUCCCUCCUUCAGGCUCGUCUUUCCCAGCUCCAAAGUAGCUAGGGUCUCCAAUCACCUUCUUAGCUCUAACAGUCUCU